AUGCCGUGCUGGGGUUCUAGCUGGCGGUCGUCAGCUCCAUGUAAAUACCGGCUUCCGACCGCUGUUCUCUUACAGUUCUGGAAACUUUCCAGGAAGCGGAGAUUCCGGCUGACAGAUACUCAGAAGUACCGACACAGACUACGAUUGCGCGCAGUGGAUACCGUUGUAGAGACAUUAGUGGAGAGCGGAGUGAAGUUACGAGCGAUGGAACUAGCCCGCCGCGCCCCACGCGAGCACGAAUUGACACCGUUACAAAAGUACUGGGUUGAAUCGAAACGGUUUAGGCACGGCAUCAAGCCCAUUCACUGGGUGCCGAAGUGGACGAGGGUCGCGCAUGGGCGGAAGUGGACGCCCUCGGCGGUGCAUCAUGCUGAGCCGCCGAAGGGGAAGUAG